ACUGUGUUCAUUCCGUGGUUCUUCGAAAUUGAUUUUGCUGUUGAAAUUGUACUCUUUCAACUUUGGUGUUGCAAUGAUUGUUUAUUGUUUUUCAUUAUUUCACAUUGCAAUCACGGUUUCAAUAAUCAUGAUUUGAAUGGAUACUCAAGUCAAGUAUGCUAAGGUUGAGACAAUUGUUGGGCGCACUGGUUCAAGAGGACAGGUGACUCAAGUUAGAGUGAGUUUUCUGGAUGACCCGACCCGUCGCAUCAUGAGGAAUGUGAAAGGACCAGUCAGAGUGAAUGAUGUCCUCACUCUACUGGAGUCUGAAAGAGAAGCAAGGAGGUUGCGGUAGAGGAAUAUACUCAAUGUUCUGGUUCUGGAUUUAAUAAGUCAUUGGGUUUUUGGGGCAUUUUGUUGAUAGCCAGUGUUAUUGUGAAACACUUACAUUGUGCACUUUGUUAUGAUUUUGUCAGGCUUUGGGCAAACCUUUGAUUUGAAUCCUUAAUGAUGAAUUGCAUUUUGGUUUGUUAUAA